AGCCCAGGGCCGGGGCCUGAGAAAGCAAUGGCGAGAGGAAUUCCUGGGGCGCGGGCGGCAGCAGCAGCAGCAGCCACAGGCCGGCGGGGGCUUCCUAUGUGCGCUCCGCAGCCCCUGCGUGCGUAACUCCGGCCAAGUAUUAGCCACUCGGCCUCCCGCCAGCCCAGGCCGGCGGCGCCGGAGCCGAACCCCCGCACCUAAGAGGCGAAGAGAGCCCGCCCUUGAGGAGUGGCGGCCAAGAGGCGCGCACGGCCAGCGGGGACCGGGAUCCGCGGGAGCCGCAGCAUCCGCGGGAGCCGCAGCAUCCGCAGCAUCCCCGGGAGCCGGGAGCACCAGUCAGUGGUCGCGGACCCCGCUCCUGCAGCGGUCGCAGGCACUUGUGCCGGGGAGCUCCUCUUCAGUGGGAGGGCGCAUCGCCCCACUGCCCUCCUGAGAGCGGGCAGGUCCCCCCGCCCCCCACUACGCUUUCUGGCCACGGUGCCCUCUCCCCGGCUGCGGGGCCGGAGCGCCGGCACAUGCCUAGCGGCCGGCUCCAGCAGUAGCCCAGAGCAGCCAGGGUCUGGGCGGCGCAGUCCUUCGCCGCCCAUGUGCGCAAACCCAUCGCGCAGAGAGGGGGAUCCGUUACCAGUCGCCAAGAGACCGGCCCAGGCUAGUCAUUUGCGCUCCGGGCUCUGCCGGUCCCCGGCCCCACGCCUACCCCACAGCUGUCCGGGAGGGCAUUUAGAGACUCCGGCCGCAGCCGCUCCUGCACCUGCGAUUGGAGGCUACGUCCCGCUCGCCCCCCGCGUUCUACAUAGCUGGAGAGAGCCUGCGCCCGGCUUCUUCAGUCUGGACCCUGGCAAACUGAAAGGGGGGAGCUAGAGAAAUUAUUACCUGAGGCCCUGGCGUUGGACUCUCCCCUUACUACACUUCCAAGCCCUCCAGACACCCUUUUCAAAGAGCUGCUGUGUCCACAAGACCUAGACCUGAUCCCUCGAGCUCCCAGCACUGGUCCCCCCAUGGCAGUUUGUAUAUCCCAGUGAAACCUGCCAAGCUGGACGCCACAGCUUUGCCCACCGACAUCUUGGCCACCACUGUGCCCCUUCCUGAGACUUGUGACCAUGCGGUCUUAGCCUGCAGUCCGGGCAUUCACGAAGAACACUAUGUAAGUGAAGCCUUGGAAGAUGUGUCCGAUUGCAGGAAAUACCGAGAUGCCUGCACCAUUACUGAUGUGUGCAAUAGUACUGAUCUUCCUGAAGUUGAAAUCAUCAGUCUGCUGGAGGAACAACUGCCCCAUUACAAGCUAAGAGCAGAUACAAUCUAUGGUUAUGACCACGACGACUGGCUUCACACACCUCUCAUUUCUCCUGAUGCUAAUAUCGACCUAACAACUGAACAGAUAGAAGAGACGUUGAAGUAUUUUCUUUUAUGUGCUGAGAGAGUGGGCCAGAUGACUAAAACAUACAAUGAUAUAGAUGCCGUGACACGUCUUCUUGAGGAGAAAGAACGGGAUUUAGAAUUAGCUGCUCGGAUUGGCCAGUCGUUGUUGAAGAAGAACAAAACUCUAACGGAGAGGAAUGAGCUGCUUGAGGAACAAGUAGAUCAUAUCCGGGAAGAGGUAUCUCAGUUACGUCAUGAAUUGUCUAUGAAGGAUGAACUACUUCAGUUCUACACCAGUGCUGCUGAAGAGAGCGAGCCCGAGUCUGUCUGCUCAACGCCGUUGAAGAGAAAUGAGUCUUCAUCCUCCGUCCAGAAUUAUUUUCAUCUGGAUUCUCUUCAAAAGAAACUGAAAGACCUUGAAGAAGAGAAUGUUGUACUUAGAUCAGAGGCCUGCCAACUGAAGACCGAAACAAUCACUUACGAGGAAAAGGAGCAACAGCUUGUUAAUGACUGUGUCAAAGAGCUGAGAGAUGCCAAUGUCCAGAUCGCCAGUAUUUCAGAAGAGUUAGCCAAGAAGACUGAGGACGCGACUCGGCAGCAAGAAGAGAUCACCCAUCUUCUCUCUCAAAUAGUCGAUCUGCAGAAGAAGGCCAAGGCUUGUGCUGUUGAAAAUGAGGAGCUUGUUCAACACUUGGGGGCAGCUAAAGAUGCCCAGAGACAACUUACAGCCGAGCUUCGGGAGCUGGAAGACAAGUAUGCAGAAUGCAUGGAAAUGCUUCAUGAGGCGCAGGAAGAGCUGAAAAACCUCCGCAACAAAUCCAUGCCAAACACCAUCUCCCGACGUUAUCACUCCCUGGGCCUCUUUCCCAUGGACUCCUUGGCGGCUGAGAUAGAAGGAUCAAUGCGAAAGGAGCUACAGAUGGAAGAACCUGAAUCUCCAGACAUAACCCAUCAGAAGCGCGUCUUUGAGGCUGUGAGGAACAUGAAUCAAGUGGUCAAGCAGCGGUCCCUGACUCCAUCGCCCAUGAACAUCCCAGGCUCCAACCAGUCCUCAGCCAUGAACUCCAUCAUCUCCAGCUGUGUCAGCACACCAAGGUCCAGCCUCUAUGGGGGUGAUAUCACCAACAUCAUGAUUGACAACAAGACCAACAGCAUCAUCCUGGAAACGGAGUCAUCGGACAUGGGAAAUGAGGACAAGAAUAAGAAGCCUGGGACUCCAGGGACCCCUGGCUCCCAUGACCUGGAGAUAGCCCUUCGGCGACUGUCGCUUCGACGGGAGAAUUACCUUUCGGAAAGAAAGUUCUUUGAGGAGGAGCAGGAGAGGAAGCUACGGGAAUUGGCAGAGAAGGGCGAGCUUCACAGUGGCUCCCUCACUCCGACUGAAAGCAUCAUGUCCCUGGGCACCCACUCAAGAUUCUCGGAGUUCACCGGAUUUUCUGGAAUGUCAUUCAGCAGCCGCUCUUACCUGCCGGAGAAACUCCAGAUUGUGAAACCCUUAGAAGGUUCUGCUACACUUCACCACUGGCAACAGUUGGCCCAGCCUCACCUUGGGGGCAUCCUGGACCCCCGGCCCGGUGUUGUCACCAAGGGCUUCCGGACCCUGGACGUUGACCUGGAUGAAGUGUACUGCCUUAACGAUUUUGAAGAAGAUGAGACAGCGCAUCAUCCUGGGAAGUGUAUGUCACAGACCAACUCCACUUUCACCUUUACCACAUGCCGCAUCCUGCACCCCUCCGAUGAGCUCACAAGGGUCACGCCAAGCCUUAACUCAGCACCUACUCCAGCUUGUGGCAAUUCCAGCAACUUGAAGUCCACCCCAGUGGGCACGCCAUGCACUCCCCGGCGACUGAGUCUGGCUGAGUCUUUCACCAAUCUCCGGGAAUCCACCACCACAAUGAGCACAUCCCUUGGGCUGGUGUGGCUGCUGAAGGAGAGGGGCAUCUCAGCGGCUGUGUACAAUCCCCAGAGUUGGGACCGGGCCGGCAAGGGCACCCUCUUGAACCCAUACUCCCCUAAAAUGGCUGUGAUCCCUUCCACCCCUCCAAAUUCACCUAUGCAGACACCGCUGUCUUCCCCACCGUCUUUCGACUUCAAGUGUACCAGCCCCCCUUAUGACAACUUUUUGGCCUCCAAGCCAGCCAGCUCCAUCCUGAAGGAGGUGAGGGAGAAAAAGAACAUCAGAAACAGUGAGAGCCAGACAGAGGUGUCUGUCUCCAACCUUAAUUUAGUGGACAAAGUCAAGCGGUUUGGCAUAGCCAAAGUUGUGAACUCAGGGCGCCCCCAUGCCCCUACUUUGGCAGAAGACCAGGGACCUCUUGUCUGCGGGGCCCAGGGGUCAACGAGGGCCCUUGGGCCUGAUGGCCUUCCCCUUGGCUGUCCUGUUGUCACGAGUGCCAUUGGAGGCCUUCAGCUGAACUCUGGAAUUCGAAGGAACCGCAGCUUCCCCACCAUGGUGGGGUCCAGUAUGCAGAUGAAAGCCCCUGUGACUCUUACUUCUGGCAUCCUGAUGGGUGCCAAGCUUCCAAAACAGACAAGCUUGCGAUGAGAGGAACUUGGUUCCUUUUCUUUUUUAAGAAAAAGCAAAAACAAAAAACAAUAUUUUCCUUUAACCUCUCAGUUCUCUGACCCCCUUUCUCGCUCUGCCCCCUCCCUUCUCUGCCUCUGUCUCUCUGUCCCUCUUUCUGUCUCUCUCUCAAUCCCUCCUGAGUAGACAAAUCAACCUUGUGCCUAAUGGGAGAAGAGUGUAAACUUUGUAUAGUAUGUAAAUAUGUAUCAGAGACCUUGUAUCUAAUUUUAUUACUCUUCAGACAUCAUAAGAAAUGGCCCAACGCUGCAAUUGCUGUAUUAAGGAUUUAACUUGCUGACCUUUGAUGGGUCUUUUUUUUAAUUAUUUUUUUCUUUCCUUUAAAGAUGCACUGAAAACAGAAACCAGUUAUUAUCCUGUGGAUAGGGGGGAAAUAAAUCCUUUGGCUUAUUGAAUGUGAUUGUAGCCAUGAUAUAGUCAGGAUGGAAGGCUUGUCAGAUGACACCAGUCACAGUGUGUCUUCGUUCUGGGUGGACUAACAUUCGAUCUCCUGGAUGAAUAUAUGAGCCUCAUCCUUUACUAUACAUAAAAUGAAGCAGCCAACUUCGGUCCUUUACUGUAUACAAAACAAAGCAGCCAAAUUCAUAUUUGUGUUGGGACAGCCUGAUUUUAUUUUGCUUCUGCCAGUGGUCCAGUUUCUUCAGAGCCCAUGGCUCCUCUACCUGGAUGAAAUAUUGUGUCUUUGGAGGGAAACAUUUGUGAUUUUCCUCAUGCAGAAAACUUUCUGUAAUCCACAGGUAGGCCGAAAGUCUGGAAAGAAUGUGAAUGUAUGGAUUAAAAAAAAACAAAACAAACCCACCUUUUUCCUUUAAACACAUUUUGUAAAAUGCAGUCAAGGCAUGGUGCUGGUUGAGCAUCAUGUUACCGUGUGCUCUCCGGGUACUGAAAUACACAUGUCACAAGGUUAUUUUCAUCUUGCAUCAGGGAAAAUGGCAACUGGUUUCUGGGAACCACAGCCUCUAAGCAAAAAUAGUCUAAUGAUCCGAGCCAAAGAUCUUUACUUAAAUCAGAGGGCCUAAAGAGGGAAAUGUGGGGGUGUUCUGGAGAAAGCGUAUUAGCGGGGAAGGGAAGACCCACAGCAAAACUGAGUGACAGCACAAUGGUAUGAAGGAGAGAGGCUAUAGAAUUUUGAUCAUUAGGUUUCACUUGCAGAAAAUCAGACUAUUUCAAAAAGCAGGGCUGUGGGAUUUUCAUAUGAUCCAUAUCCUUGCCUUUUCCACGGUAGCCACUUUUGAAAUCCAAACACUUGAGCAGCUCCAAGGUGCGACCACUUAAUGCCCAUGUAUUUUUCUCCUCUCUUCAAUAGAGGGCAUUGUAUCAAUGUGAUUUUUCUAGCCUAUGGGCUGUUCUUGUUUUUUCCAUUUUCUGUUUACCUUUGUGUCUUGUGCUUGGAAAAGGAUGGAGUCUCUUUUGGAAAGAAUGAAAAAUGAACAAAAAGGUAGGUUCUGUUGAGUGCUUCAAACAUAGGGUGACUUGGAAGAGUUUUAUUUAUAAACAGACACAUACACGUGUAUGCACACACAGGAGUGAAUACUUAAGGUGAAAGUUAAAAGUAUCUUCAAGAUAGAUUUCAGAAACAUGAACCAAAAAUCCUGCUAACGUUAAGUUGAGGAAUCUUAGUAUUACAUGUCCAGACAUAGCAACAAGAGUAUAUUAUAAUAUACUCAACCUAGGUAAGUAAUGCCUAUGAAAAUUACCUUUGCCAUUGACUCCCUAUUGUGUGUAUGUCUCUGUACAUAAGUUUAUCUACUUUUUAAACAUCAUCGAGUCUGUUUCCUUUUCUUCAUGCCGAUUGUAUUUCUAUAAAAUGUUUCCUUCCAAGAAGGUGGUUUAUUUAUUAUAAUCGGUUACCACACUUUACGUCGCAGCAGCAUUGUUGUCAUUUCUUCCAGCCUCUUACUUGAAGAAUUAGUACUGAUGAUCUUUUGCAUAAAUAAUACCAUCAUCUUUGCCCUUCUGCUAGAAAGAGUUGUCCGUCCCCGAAGGGAGUCCACAUAGUGUUAUGGACACUUAGCAUGCUUCUAGAGAAAGCAUACAAGCGAGUGCGGCUCAUGUUUUCAACUUCUAUUUAUUCUCUAAACCUAAGACAUUUUAGUAAAAGUGUGUCCUCAGCUUGAUUUGCUAUUAUAUGUGUGCACUUACUGCAGAUAACUUAACUAUUUUUUUUAUUUGAAUGUAUCUUAAACCUGUAGCUAGAUAGGAUAACAACAGGAAAACCACAGACUGAAUGGACCAUUUUAAGUACCCAGAGUGAAUAACCGACCAUAUGUUACCACGAGGGAAUUAAAAUUGUAAUAACAAAUCAUUCACUUGGGAGGCAUAACAGACUUUAGCCUACAGAAUAAAUGGUAGACAUUAUACAACCACUCCUGGAAGGUGUGUUGUAAAAUGCAUCAAAUGCUACAAUACAAUUUUCUUAUCUAAUGAGUAUCAAUAAAAUAAGCUUGAGUGAUCUGG